UUUCCAUUAAAUCACAAUUAUUUUCUUCUUUCAUUUUCCCCGGACACACACACCCACGCCCAAUACCCUUCAUUUCAUCUUCACUUGUUAUCUUCAACAAAUCCAUGGACACCAUUAGCACUAGCAGCACAAACUCAGUGAUUAAUUCUCUACAACAAAAAACACCAACCAAAAUAACCAAAUCCAAAAGGAAAAACAACAAACCCAUCAAAGUAGUUUAUAUUUCCAACCCUAUGAAGGUUAAGACCAGCGCCUCUCACUUUAUGGCACUGGUCCAAGAACUCACUGGUCAGUACGCUGAUUCGCCGCCGGAUCCUUCAAAAUUUCAAGUGUACGAUGGGGAUAAUAGUGUUACUGACUCUGGGACUGGGUGUGAGAAUAUUAUAAUGGGUUGUGAUGAAAAUGAUCACACGGUUGUGACAGUGCCUCCUCUUGUGUAUUCUGAUGAUCAAGUGGUGAAACCUGGUGGAGGAUGCUCUUAUGAGAGUUUUGAUGAAGAUGUACUUUUGACUCCUCAGAUGAUGGAGAACAUUUGGGAUCUGCUCCCAACAAAUGCAUUUUAUGAACCUUUUCAACUUGAUACCUAUUGAUUCUGCUGCAGUGUAAUUAUAUAUAUAUAUAUAUAUAUAUAUAUAUAUAUAUAUAUAUAUAUAUAUAUAUAUAUAUAUAUACGUUUUCUUA